ACGGAAGACACUCCUCGCGAGGGGAAGCGGCCAUUGUCUGUCAACUCAACUCACAACAAGAAGCAAGAAAGAGGAAGACAGUUGUGUACGACAAUAAGAGUUAAAUUAUGAUUUGGUGAAAAAUCAUGACAGGAUCACUAGUGUAGAUGUAAUCGUCUGGAGCGAUUACUCUGCAUUUUGUGCACCUCGUCGCGAGGACUUUUCGCUGCGCAGCUCGGCAGAAGAUUAGCAGUUUUGAUUUUCACUCCUCUGAUGUCUGCCGAGGCGUCUGGUUCAUCUGGAGGGCCCGUGGUGACUGUGACCGGUUUUGCCCCACACUCCACUAUUCGUGCUGGAGAAGAAAAGGCCGGGAGGAACCUGACCAGCAGUAAGUAUGUGAAGCUCAAUGUUGGAGGUACUCUCCACUACACCACGGUCCAGACGCUCAGCAAGGAGGACAGUCUGCUCAGGAGCAUGUGUGAUGGACGCUUGGAGGUCACCAUAGAUUCAGAGGGCUGGGUUGUGUUGGACAGAAGUGGGAGACACUUUUCUCUGAUGCUGAACUUCCUGCGGGACGGGGCGGUUCCUUUGCCAGAGAACUCAAGAGAGCUGGAGGAAGUGUUGAAGGAGGCACAAUACUACAGGCUCCAAGGCCUUGUGCAGCACUGCCUUACCACCGUACAGAAACGCAGGGAUAUCUGCAGGGGAUGCCACAUUCCUAUGAUCACUUCAGCCAAAGAGGAGCAGAGGAUAAUAGCCACAUGUAGAAAACCAGUGGUGAAACUGCAGAAUAACAGAGGGAACAAUAAAUACUCCUAUACCAGCAACUCAGAUGAUAACCUUCUGAAGAACAUUGAGCUCUUUGAUAAGCUGGGGCUGCGCUUUAAUGGCAGAGUGCUGUUCAUUAAAGACGUUUUGGGAGACGAGAUAUGCUGCUGGUCUUUCUAUGGCGAGGGACGCAAAAUUGCUGAAGUCUGCUGCACCUCCAUUGUUUACGCCACUGAAAAGAAACAGACCAAAGUUGAGUUCCCAGAAGCACGUAUCUUUGAGGAAACACUCAACAUCCUGAUCUAUGAAAAUGGCCGAGGGUCAGGUUCAGGAGGCAUGGCCCUGCUGGAAUCAGGGAGUGUCUCAUCACCAGGUGUUAGCCAGUCAGAUGAGGACGGGGCGGGAGCAGGGUGUGGGGAUAGACGGGUGAGGCGUAUCCAUGUGCGAAGGCACAUUAUGCAUGAUGAGAGGGGUCACGGACAGCAGACUGUUUACAAAGACUGAACAUUAGAAAGGUACAAAGAAAUGGAGAAAUGGUCAUUUUGAAAGAGUGAAGGCCUUCCAUUACCAGGGUCCUGUAAACCUGGUACCCAUGUCAAAAUAAAUGGGAAAUAUGUUAGUUUAACUUGAUACAUUUAAUACUGCACUGAAAGGGGGCGGGGUUUAUAGGCUAGUUUAGAAAUAAUCUUACAAUUGCCACAGUGUGGUACAAUUUUGCUUGUUAUUUCUGUUUAAUAAUUUUGUUUUGUAUUACAUUUAAUUUAUUGUUCAGUUAAUUUAUUGUCCAGAUGUUUCACUUUUUUAAAAAGAAAAUGUGAAAUAAUUUCUUUAUUGUUUAGCCUGUAUGGACCACAUGAGCGUUUUUAAGUGUUUAAUGGUAAACUGUGAUGUAAGCUGACUUGUAUGUUUGAAUGGUACAGUUCGAGUGGUACUUGUUGAAAUAUGGUACAGAUAGGACAGAUAUUCUGUGAAACUGACAGAAAUGUACACAGCCACAGACGUAAUAGGAAUAGAUUUAAAUGUUUUAAUAUACACAGAUCUAAAGAUGACAUCACAUCAUUUAACUGAUAUGUGCAAGUAAGACUAGCAUUGUGUCUAUGGUAUAGUACAUUACAGUAAGAUUUGAAAAUAAUAAAUAAAGCUAUUUACACCCCCUACUAAAUAACAAAACCCUUUUGCACGCACGCAUGUACACGAAACAACAACAACAACAAAAAACGCUCCCAUGCUGCCAAUGUUACUAAUACACAGAAUGCCGUAUGAAUGUUGUGUUGGCAUUUCUUUUCAAAAGGAAUGAACGUUUUAUUAACAUUUUCAAAUAAAAUGCUCAUUUGUAAAAC